AUGGUUCUACUCAGCUCAACGUGGCGCUGGUUCGGGAUUACCUCCAUUGCCGCGGCCUCCGACCCGCGGUCCCCCGGCUCGUGGUCCCCUAGGAUCACCAGGCUCAGGAGCGCAGCCUCCAAGGCCACCGAGCUCAGGCCCCGGCCCGGUAUUGCAGCGCCCUACCCCAAAACCUUCAACUUCGCAGGUGUCGGCACCUACUGCACAAAUCUCGCAACGGCCUGCGUCUACAAAUGCACCCCAAAGGCCUGCCACAACCACUCCAACCUCACGGCCCUCCGUCGCAGCUGUGUCGUCGUCCACAUCUAG